AUGGCGGUGGUGGCUUGCGGAUGGGAGUUCAUUGCCGCGAUGACCCGCAGCAGCGAUGCUGCGCGAGCUUUUCUGCUUAUUCUGCCACAGUUGCUUCUACUUUUCAUGGUGGUAUCUCUAGAGUUCAAGCUGCGCAACCACAAACAAACCAUCGUCGUUUUAGUAGUAAUGACUUCUAUGGUGAUUGGUGCUGUCGUUUAUUCGAGCUUCCGCCUGGGCAUCAGUCUCUGUUGCUGCAGUCGAUCGUUAUGCCCCAUCACAUUUCCCGCUGGUCUGACACCCAGCACUAGCGCGUGCGGUCUAGUCGUGAACAACUGCUAUAUGGCAUUUAUUCGCAAGAUCGUACACUUCUAUGGAACUACAAGCUUACUAUUCCCUCUGGCUUCGACUAUCUUCGCGACAUUACGGUGCGCUUCUCGCCAAUCAUCAGGUCGUACACUCUGCCAAGCAUUCCUAGAGAAGACCAAGUAG